GAAAGUGCUAAAUGUUGCAUUUUAAAUGCAGCAAAAACGCUGCAUUAAGUAGUAAGUAUGGCAAAGUAACUAUUCCCAAACAGCUGCUACGGUUAUUUGAAAGAAGUCACUUCGGAUUUCAUUUUCACAUGUAUAGUUGUAGAUCGCACAGAAAUGAAUGCGUGGAUAAUGUUUCAUAAUUAUUUACAAAACAUUAAGGUGCAUCUCGUGAUGACGUUGUUACUGUGUAUCUGGGUACGACUUUUUGUUGUGAAUCGGAAAUCGAUUAAUUAUAUUUUAGUGUUAAUAUCAUCAGUGAAAUGUAAUUUUUGAUUUUCUUUCCUCUACGUUUGAGACAUUGUGAUUAUAAAUCUAUUGCAGCAUUAAAUUUGCGCAGGAGCACAAUAUAUUAUAAAGGGCCUGUGCCAAUUGAUAGAAAAGUUCUAUGGUGGAAAAACUUUUUACUAUGGUGAGAAAAUUUUACAUUUCUGCUGUGCCAAUUCGUAACUUUUUACUGCUGGAAAUUUUUGACAGUUGCUUUGAUGCACAAGAAGACUAUCGAGUUUGCAAUUUAUAAAAUGCAGCAAUUAUAUAGAAAAUAUUUGCCUUUGAUGAUUUCAAUUCUUCUGGAACUGAAAUCCAUGCAUUUAUUAGACCUUUUGCAGUAAUAUUAGAAAUAAAAACACGUCAAAACCGUCUGGGUAUUAUGUACAUGCAACAAGACGUUUAUUCCAAAAUACUAAGCAGCAUUAUGAACGGCGAUAACAAGACUACAAAAAUGCAUCUUAGGUUGUCCUCUGCUUCGUUUCGAAAAAUUGUAACUCACAUUCCCAAAAAGCGCCACGGAUGGUCAGUGGAGUACGAAGUCAUUUGCUUUUUGUAUUGGAUGGCAUGUGGAUGCAGCUAUCGAGUAGUUGCUGGAUUUUUAGGCAUAAGCCGUUUCACUGCACGAAACGUUAUUCACAAAACCUUGAAAGAGAUUAUUGCAAUGCGUGGUUUAAUACGGCAUGGCACUGCAGAAGAAAAUGAAAGGGUUGCUGAUAAAUUCUGCCAAAAAACAAAAUCAAACGCGUUUCGUAAUUUUGUUGGAGCGAUUGAUGGCACACAUAUUCGCAUAAAAUGUCCUGUCAACAAACACGAUGAAUACAUCAAUCAUAAAAGGUUCUAUUCUAUCCAGGCGCAGGCGGUUGUGGACAGCGAUUAUAAAUUUACAGAUGUUUUCAUUGGCUACCCAGGAUCUGUACACGAUACACGAGUGUUUGUGAAUAGCCCCUUAUAUGCUAGGGGAGACUAUCCUCCCCGGGGCCAAUUCUUAUUCGGUGAUAAAGGAUACCCAUGCCAAACGUUUCCGGUGGCAGUUAUCACCCCAUUCAAAGAACCUCUGACAUCAAAUCAAGCCAGGUUCAACGUUGCGCAUAGUAGAGGAAGAAUAGUUGUUGAAGCAGCUUUUGGAAUUUUAAAAAAUAGAUGGAGAAACAUAUUUAAUAGAGAUUUGGAAUUGAAAAUUGAAAACUGUAUAAAAACCGUAUUUGCGGCAUUUAUAUUGCACAACAUUUGCAUUCUUGCAGAUGAUUUUGACCUAUCUUCCCUGGCUACUGAGAAUGAAACUAUUAAUAUAGAAUCGGUCCAAUCUGCGCGAAAUAUAUCCGACUCUGAAGAUGGUUUAAGAGUACGAAAUGAAAUUCUCAAUGAAUUCCUUCAAACUAUUUAAGUAUCAAUAAAACAAGACUUAAUUAAAGAGUUUCUUAGGUUUUUAUUUACAUAUGCAUAUCAAAAAUACUU